AUGACUCAACAAAAUCUGAUCCGCUCCGUGGAGCCGCUGCAUAUCGGCCAAUUCUUGCUGGUCCGCGUCGAAACCAACCAGGGAGUCGUGGGAUAUGGCGAGAGCGGCGUCUGGGGCCAUAUUGAAGCCGCAGCGACUGUCGUGCGUCAUUUCGCGACCUACUUAGUGGGCAAGCCGGCCUUUGCGAUCGAGCACCACUGGAACGUCAUGCACCGAUACAGCUACUUCCAAGGCAUGGCGAUCAACGGCGCGAUCUCAGGAAUCGACAUCGCCCUCUGGGACAUCAAGGGCAAGGUUCUGGGCGUCCCCAUCUACGAGCUGCUGGGCGGAUCCUGUCGCACCAAGGCGCGCGUCUACGGACACAUCUAUGAGAAGGACAUCGAAGGCGUGCUCAAGGAGUGCAAGCGCAAGAUGGAUCUCGGAUACACUGCCUUUGGACACAUCAAUCCGUUCCUGGAUGAAGGCAACGACUUGUCGUACUUCAAGACUCAUGUGAAGAAGAUGGAGGAUGCAGCGGAGAACGUCCGUCGCAUGCGCGCCGUCGUCGGUGAUAAGGUCGAUCUGCUCAUUGAGCUGCACCGUCGUCUGACGCCCGCCGAAGCCGUCACCUUCAGUACCAUGAUCGCCGACUGCCGUCCGAUGUACGUCGAGGACCCCGUGCGGCCUGAGAACGUCGACGCUAUGGCCCGCGUCGCAGACCGCAUCCCCGUCCCCAUCGCCACCGGCGAACGCUAUUCCACCAUCUACGAGUUCCAGGCGGCGCUGUCGCGCAACGCGCUGGAGUACGUGCGCGUCGACGUCGCACUCUGCGGGGGUAUCACCGGCGCGAAGAAAGUGGCCGCCAUGGCUGAGGCUUGCAAUGUGCAGGUCGUGCCGCAUAACCCGUUGUCGCCUAUCGGACUGGCGGCCUGUUUGCAGUUGGAUGCGGCGAUCCCCAACUUUGCCAUCCAGGAGUACUCCACUGGGUUUGAGAAUGGUGUCUUUACCUCUACGACCGAACACCUCGGCAGCAAUAUCGUGGACUAUGUGCCUUCUGUGGUGGAUGGGUUUGUGGACAUCCCCACCGGUCCUGGGCUGGGGGUGAACUUGCUCCCGGAUGCGCAGCAGAUCAGACCACCCUUCACGCAGCCUAUCAAUAUGAGGCCCCAUCUAGAUGGGUUUGUAGUGGAUCAGUAA